UACUCUUAUCGUACGAUUCAUUUAAUUUAGGUUUUCUGCCGGCGCUGGUGGACGGCACAGUCAGAGGCAAUUACGGCCUAAUGGAUCAGGUGGCAGCCCUGCACUGGCUCCAGGAAAACAUCGCUGAGUUUGGCGGACAACCCAAUAAUGUAACCAUCAUUGGGCACGGAUAUGGAGCUGCCUGCGCGCACCUACUCAUGAUAUCUCCUAUGGCUAAAGGUCUAUUUUCACGAGUGAUACUAAUGAGUGGAUCAGCACUCAGUCCGUGGGCUAUAGCCAGAGAUGCGGACCUCUACGCCAAAACCAUAGCUCAAGAACUAAAUUGUCCUGUUCAUGACAAUGCCUUAAUGGUUGACUGUUUGCGCCAAAAACGUAUCGAUGAGCUGUUUUCGGUCGACUACUCAGUUCCCGAUCACUUGACAGCUUUCGGUCCCAUUAUUGAUGGCAUUGUAGUGCCUUCAGAGCCCAGAUAUUUGAUGCAAACCGAGUCCGAGCACCGGAGCUCACGGCUGGCCCAUCACUCAGACCUGCUGAUCGGCGUCACUCGUGUCCUUCGCGGCGGACAAAAGUUAAGCGUGCUUCUCUCUGUGCCUUAG